CUGCGAUUGUAACAGCGACUCCGAGAGAUUGCGGGGUUAUGUUUUCGCCCUUUUGGAGUUUGUUUCUCGAUCAAAGUGUAUAAAAAUUAAUAAGACUCGAGAUGAAUUUUCUUAGCAGACAGUUUUUAAGGAUUUUACACGGCAACGUUAAAAGUCAGAGCGCGUUGUGCAAUUUCGGCAGAGCUUUUAGCUUUAAGAGUAAUGUAUCGCUAGAGAAACUGUAUCCGGAAAGCAAACAGAAGCUGUUUACCGCAAACUUUAUACCAGAUCCUAAAGCAAAAUUUAGUGGUUACAUACCUAUGGACAAGGUACAAAUAACGUAUAGCGCGAGCAGUGGUCCUGGGGGACAAAAUGUAAACUGUGUAAAUACCAAAGUAGACCUAAGAUUCCAAGUGAACACUGCUAGCUGGUUGUCGGAAGAAAUUCAAACAAAAUUAGCGGAACAGUAUAAAAACAAGAUGAACAAAGAUGGGUAUUUAAUAAUCAAAUCAGACUUGACGAGGUCUCAACAUUUAAACCUGGCGGAUGCUCUUGAAAAGUUAAGAACAAUGAUAAGGGCUACUUUAGUAGAGCCAUCGAAACCAUCAUUCGAAUCAUUGGAGAAAAAGAGGAAAAAUAUAUUGAAAGCCAAUAGGGAGAGACUACACGAGAAGAGAAUUCGUUCGGAUAUCAAACAUAGUAGAAGAGCCCCUCCGCCUGACUUUUAAGUCGAUUCAUGUAAUCAUUUAAGUUACUUAUCAAACCUUGUACAGUUAUAUAGGACCAAAUUAUCAAUCAAAUAAACAUUUUUUAAUAUA